UUCCAUCCUCUGUUGCUGUGCGGAGUCCAGCUCUGACACAGCAGCAGCAUCAUGGAUGAGAUGCCAGCAACAGAUGCUGCACACCAAGACUUGCAUUCAUAGACCAAAUUCAGAAAGCCGUCCCAAGAAAGGAAAAGAUCAGAAGGAGGGACAGGAGAGAGGGAAAAGCCAAUUUAAUAAACAAAACAAGGCAACCAUCACAGGCAUUCAUCCAUCCCUUCUCCCACAAUAAAAGAGAGAAUUUCUUCCUUCCAGCUUUCUGAUUUUUGCAGCCUUUGACUGUCUGCUGCGUGCUGAUUUUCCUUUGCGGCCAUGUCAAAGCAAGAGGCCAACAGCAUGACCGAUGGGGAAACCAAAAUGUCCUGCAAUGGAAGAGAAGAAAGCACAUUGGGAUCAGUAGCUGGAAGAGGAGAACAGAAAGUUGGACAGAGGCAAGAAAUUGUCUGGAGGAAUGUGAUCCUUAUGGCCUUGCUCCAUGUCGGGGCUGUGUAUUCCCUGUUCCUCAUUCCUAAGGCCCAUCUGCUUACUCUGAUCUGGGCAUACUUGUGUUUUGUCAUGACUGCCCUGGGGGUGACGGCAGGAGCCCAUCGUCUGUGGAGCCACAGGUCCUACAAAGCCAAGCUGCCUUUGCGGAUAUUCCUGGCAUUCGCCAAUUCCAUGGCAUUUCAGAAUGAUAUUUUCGAAUGGGCUCGAGACCACCGAGUGCACCAUAAGUACUCUGAGACAAAUGCCGAUCCCCACAAUGCUCAGCGUGGCUUCUUUUUCUCCCACAUCGGCUGGCUAUUUGUCCGGAAACAUCGAGAUGUCAUUGAGAAAGGAAGGAAGCUGGACUUCAGUGACCUGCUGGAUGACCCCGUUGUCAUGUUUCAAAGAAAGCAUUAUGUGGUUUCUGUUAUACUGAUGUGUUUCGUCGUUCCUACGCUUGUGCCUUGGUACUUCUGGAAGGAGAGUUUGUGGAAUUCAUACUUUCUCGCUUCUAUCCUCCGGUACACUGUUUCACUCAAUGUCGCUUGGCUGGUCAAUAGCGCUGCCCACAUGUAUGGUAAUCGGCCCUAUGACAAGAACAUCAACCCACGGGAGAAUGCAUUGGUCUCCAUAGGAGCCAUUGGCGAAGGUUUCCACAAUUACCACCACACCUUUCCAUUUGAUUAUUCGGCCAGUGAGCUUGGCUUGAAGUUCAACCCAACCACGUGGUUCAUUGACUUCAUGUUUUGGUUGGGUCUGGUCACUGAGCGGAAGCAGGCUCCAAGGGAGAUGGUCCAGGCUCGCAAAGAGAGGACUGGAGAUGGCAGUUCUUGAGAAUCAAAGCAAAGUCUUUUAACGUUGAUGCUGCUGUAUGUGCCGUUCGUAUGUUUCUUUAGGGGUGUGGGUCUCCUUACCCCAACCUUCUCCUUAGGAUGGAAGUAGUAUGUUUUCAUUGAACAUAGGCCAAAUAAGUUCCUGGAUUAAUUCUCUUUUACUCAAGGGCAAUGGUUUUCAAACUCUUCCGUUGGGUUGCAACAUUAACGCAUUAUGUAUUCACUCAUAUGCAAAGAAAACCUGAUUCAUUGCAAGAAAUUUGGGGACAUGUGCUAAUGCAAGGGUGAGUAGUUUUCAGGCAAGGGCUUGGAAAGUUGUUAUUUUGGACCCAAGCUCCAAGAACCCAUUCCACCACCCACCCCAGGAUGGUUGCUGGCCAUGCUGGCAGGCUGACUAUGGGACUUGAAGUUCAAAAAAGGAAAUUUUUCAGGCUCUCUUUGGGGCUUGUUUGAUCUCUUUUGCUUCCCCACCCCAGCUAAUUGCAUAAUAACUACUGGAUGAAAAUGGUCAUUCAAUGCUGCACUCAAUCACUUGAGUCAUACAUGAAUCAUGUGCAGGUAUGUGUUCUGCACAUACAAGAACAAAUCUGCAUCAGAAUUAUGACACAGAAGGGGUCAUAAUAUAAAAUAUUAAAAUUGGCUAGCAGCGCUGGACACAGACCUGACCAACAAAUUCAUACUUAUAACUGAAGAGAGGAACUAAAAUAAGUGAUUAGCAGAAGGCCAAUCUCAGCAGACAAUAAUGGCCAGUUGUUCUUUUCAUCUUAUACAGACCUGUUUGGUCAGCACUUUUAGGACUGCAGUCCCAUUUUACAACUAGGGUACACUGAAGAUACACAGAGAUCAGAGAUACACAACUUGCAUGGAUCAGGCAGGCAAAUAAAUGUGCAUGAGGCUGCAGCUUUGUAAUGGUUAUUGUUAAUUUCGGAGUUGGGAAAGGUUGCAGAUUCACCACGAAUCUUGUACAUAUAAACCAGUAGAGUCCCAUCUACUUUCUGCCAAUGACUGUUCUCAAAGUAUGCUUCCAUCUGGUUGUGUUAUUUGAGCUUGUUUUUCACACUCCACAGUGGUGGCACUUUGAUACUACUUUAACUGUCAAAGGUCCACCCUAUGGAAUCUUGGCAUUUAUAGAUUUUAUUUAUUUUAUUAUAGUUUGGUAAGAUCUUUAGAAUUCUCUGCCGGAGAGCACCACACUACAAAUCCCAAUAUUCCAAAGGAUACAACCAUUAAAGUGUCAGUUAAUAUGGUAUCAAAGUGCUUUCACUGUGUAUUGUGGAUGAGAAGAUGGAUGGUCUAGGACAGUGAUUCCCAGAAUCACUGUCCUCAGGUGUAGUUAGAUAAACAGUGUCAGGUGUGUCUCACCAUUGGCCAUGCAAGCUAGAACAUCUGAUAUUUGUGAAUCCAGAAAUAGUUGCAGACCCAAGCUGGGGAAUCACUGCUCUAGACCAACCAUGCAGAACACUCUCCUGUAGCUGUGUAUACCAGCAGGUGUUCAGCAGUGGUCUGCAGGUUUUCUGUUAAGGGUAGUUUGUCCACCACUGUCAAUCUUCCCAUUUAAGAUUUCCAGAUAAAUUCCCAAAGGAACCUGAGAGUUCCUCAGUAGCCAGUUUGAAAACCAUUGCUUUAGCAGAAUUAAAUCAUGGAUGGAUAUAGCCUAUACUUGUAGCUGUCUUAAGUGCAGUGUUUCGGAAGGUUAGAUAUUAUUUAAUAUUAGAGUUCAGUGUAGUAGAUCUUUUGACUUGAGUCAUCAUGACUAUGGCCAGUGAGUACACUAAUAUGGUUGCACAUGUAAACUCUUGACAGAAUAGAGGAACUGAGUUAAAACGUAGUUCAAAUGAGCAAGCUAGUGAAUUGUUUCAUUUUAAGUCAUGGUAAUAGUUCUCCUCUGCUGCUCUGCUCUGGUUUCUUGGAGACUUGGGAUGGGAGGUUUAAUAUGCAAACUCAGCAACUCAUGAAGCUAGAGAGGGCCUACUGAAGCAAGCAGGAGCCAGGUAGGGAGUAGGAUAUCUCACUUGGGCAGCAGCUGACAAAGGCCUCAUCUGCACUGCAGAGACUGUCCAGUUUGACACUGCUUUAACUACCUUGGCUCAAUACUGUGGAAUGUUGAGAUUUAUACCGUAGUUUGUUUAGCCUUCUCUGACAGAAUGCCCUGGUGGCACAACAAAUUAAAAAUCUCAUGAUUCCAUAGGAUUAAGUCAUUGCAGUUAAAGUGGUGUCAAACUGGAUUAUCUCUGCAGUGCGGAUGAAAUCAAAGAAGAACAGGAGAGACCUAAUAUGCAGGCAACUCAAUCAUGAGAGAGCCAGCAUGGUGUUGUGGCUUGAGUGUUAG